AUGAAAGCUAUAUACACCUUACCUGUGUAUUUAUUUCUAUUGGUUAUAUACAGAACCAAGGCACAUGAUAUUUCGAAAAGAGCAACAGCUAACAACGACCUUUAUGUACUUGCCGAGCGCGACGGCGGUUGUGUUUCAGUCGACAGUAUCGAGCCUUGCCCAGUGACUUGGAAACUUAGUGCGAUUGCAGCGAAAUUUUAUAACCAACAGACAAGACUGACAAAUCUUUCGUUAAACGAACUGGGGGUAUUAUCGGCCAGCGAUGAAUGUAAGGACGCGUUCAAGACAACAAUGUGUGGCCAGGCCGCGCCUAAAUGUUCGGCAGAUGGUAGUCAAGACUAUAAUGCUUAUGGGGAUGUGGCAACGGCGUGCGCAAAGAUCUACUCCGAAUGUCCAAAGAACGUGUCUGAACAAUUCAAAUCACAUAGGUUAUGUGAUAAGGUGUUCUCGGGAAAGAUAGCAAAGCCAACAUGCGUAACACCGCCUAAGAUUGAGGGAAGCUGCCCGCAACCGAAAUACAAGGUUUGUGAAUAA